UUUCCCGGCAGGUCCAGCUUAGGGGAACGUGGGAGCGUGGGAGACUCUCCGUGCCCGCGGUUCUCGGUGUCGAAUCUCGGUCGGGCAUCGCUUUCUGUUGCUUCUGCUCAGGUAGCAGGAGGCUUUCUAAGAUCAUUAGUCCCGGGGCGCUCUGUCCUGAAGUCCCUGUGACGACUUGAAGAAGGCACUCCCACCCACCGAGAUGGCGUCCACCCUCCCAACAAUGGGGGCCCAGGGACCAGUGCUGUUUGAGGAUCUGGCUGUGUAUUUUUCUCAAGAGGAGUGUGUGAGUCUGCACCCUGCCCAGAGGUCCCUCAGCAGAGACACCACACAGGAGAGUUUCGAGGAUAUGGCCUUGAUAGGAGGGGAAGGCAAGACUGAGAUUAAUCAGCAGGUAAAUCUAGAAUCUAUGGGACUUGAAGAGCUUGCCCUAGAAAAGUACUCCAUUGCUGUACCCCUUGUCUGUUACCCAGAAGAAUCCUCUGAGAAUGGAGUUGGAAACCUUGAAAGGAAAAUAUCUGGUGGAACUUCUGCUUGCAAAAAAAGGUUCAUAAGCCUUUUAGUUACCAUUGAAAACCAUACCCCAUUAAUAGAACUGUCUCAAUGUUUAGGAACCAAAGCACUUUCUGAAAUUCUUGAAUUUCCCAGGGAAGAAGCCAAAAAUUCAUUCAAGUGUCCUGAAUGUGACCAAAGCUUCAGUGAUAAUUCAUACCUUGUUUUGCAUCAGAAAACUCACUCAGGAGAGAAAAAGUAUAAAUGUAGUGACUGUGGGAAAAUUUUCAAUCAUAGAGCCAACCUGAGGACACACAGGAGAAUCCAUACUGGUGAGAAGCCUUAUCAUUGUGCUGAGUGUGGCAGCAGCUUCCGCCAGCACUCACAUCUGUCUCGGCACAUGAAUACCCACAAGAAGGAGAAACCGUACACAUGUGGCAUAUGUGGGAGAGGUUUUAUGUGGCUCCCAGGAUUGGCACAGCAUCAGAAAACCCACGCUGCCAUAAAAGCUUAUGAAUGCACUAACUGUGGUAAAUAUUUUUGUCAGAAAGCAAAUCUUGCUUUGCAUGAGAAAAUGCACACAUCAGCCACCCAGUACCAAUACACUCAGUGUGUGAAAUGCUUCAGGCAGCCCUCACACCCUGCCCUUCCUGAGAAGGGGCACAAGGAUGAUUCUGAACACUGCAGUGAUUGUGGGGAAAAUUUGCUUUCAUUCUCGAAAUUCAAACCCUUAAAAUGUCCUGAGUGUGCAAUGACUUUUCUUCUUAUCUCUGAGCUUAUUUCCCAUCAGAGUAUUCAUAGAGGGGAAAAGCCCCAGAAAUGCAAAACAUGUGCAAAAAGUUUUGUUUUGGGCUCAGAGCUUGCAUGCCACCAGAAGAGCCACACAGGAGAGGAACCUUUUAAAUGUACCAUGUGUGGGAAAAAUUUCAGGUUGAAUACGCAUCUCGUUACUCAUCAGCGAACCCAUAUAAAAAACACCACGUAGAUAUAGCAAGUUUUCAUUAAUGCUUGUGGUUUUGGUAUCUAAACUGAAAACUGGGCACCAGUUACCCUUUACAUGCCAGGCAUUGUGCUAAGCCCUUUACACACGUUCUGUGAAAUAUAUCAUUUCACUUUCAUCACAACCUUGAUUUAGGCAUUAUGAUUUCUAAGUGAGGAAACAUAAUGAAUGUCACAGGUAGUGAACGGAGCCAGGAUUCUAACUCAGUAACUCAAUUACUGUUCAGAUUCCAUUUGUAUGAGCCAGAGAACAAUAUAGAACUUUUUUUUAAAAUUCAGUUUUCAUUAAAAUGAA